AUGCGGCGGCUGCUGAGGAAACAAAAUGUGCACGCCAGGAGACAGAAGCGGGCCAGGAGACAGCAACGGGCCAGGAGACAGCAACGGGCCAGGAGACAGAAGAGGGCCAGGCGACAGAAGCGGGCCAGACGACAGAAGAGGGCCAGACGACAGAAGAGGGCCAGGCAACAGAAGCGGGCCAGACGACAGCAGCGGGCCAGGAGACAGAAGCGGGCCAGGAGACACAAGGCCAGGUCAGACAACAGCAGCAGGUCAAACAACAGCAGCAGGCUAGACAACAGCAGGUCAGACAACAGCAGCAGGUCAGACAACAGCAGCAGGUCAGACAACAGCAGCAGGUCAAACAACAGCAGCAGGUCAAACAACAGCAGCAGGCUAGACAACAGCAGGUCAGACAACAGCAGCAGGUCAGACAACAGCAGCAGGUCAGACAACAGCAGCAGGUCAGACGACAGCAGCAGGUCAGACGACAGCAGCAGGUCAAACAACAGCAGCAGGCUAGACAACAGCAGGUCAGACGACAGCAGCAGGCCAGACAACAGCAGCAGGUCAGACAACAGCAGCAGGUCAGACGACAGCAGCAGGUCAGACAACAGCAAGUCAGACGACAGCAGCAGGUCAGACAACAGCAGCAGGUCAGACAACAGCAGCAGGUCAGACAACAGCAGGUCAGACAACAGCAGGUCAGACGACAGCAGCAGGUCAGACGACAGCAGCAGGUCAAACAACAGCAGCAGGCUAGACAACAGCAGGUCAGACGACAGCAGCAGGUCAGACAACAGCAGCAGGUCAGACGACAGCAGCAGGUCAGACAACAGCAGCAGGUCAGACGACAGCAGCAGGUCAGACAACAGCAGCAGGUCAGACAACAGCAGCAGGUCAGACAACAGCAGCAGGUCAAACAACAGCAGCAGGUCAGACAACAGCAGCAGGUCAGACAACAGAAGCAGGUCAAACAGCAGCAGGUCAAACAGCAGCAGGUCAAACAACAGCAGCAGGUCAGACAACAGCAGCAGGUCAAACAACAGCAGCAGGUCAAACAACAGCAGCAGGUCAAACAACAGCAGCAGGUCAGGCAACAGCAGCAGGUCAGGCAACAGCAGCAGGUCAGACAACAGCAGCAGGUCAGACAACAGCAGCAGGUCAGACAACAGCAGCAGGUCAGACAACAGCAGGUCAAACAACAGCAGCAGGUCAGACAACAGCAGCAGGUCAAACAACAGCAGCAGGCUAGACAACAGCAGGUCAGACAACAGCAGCAGGUCAGACAACAGCAGCAGGUCAGACAACAGCAGCAGGUCAAACAACAGCAGCAGGUCAAACAACAGCAGCAGGCUAGACAACAGCAGGUCAGACAACAGCAGCAGGUCAGACAACAGCAGCAGGUCAGACAACAGCAGCAGGUCAGACGACAGCAGCAGGUCAGACGACAGCAGCAGGUCAAACAACAGCAGCAGGCUAGACAACAGCAGGUCAGACGACAGCAGCAGGCCAGACAACAGCAGCAGGUCAGACAACAGCAGCAGGUCAGACGACAGCAGCAGGUCAGACAACAGCAAGUCAGACGACAGCAGCAGGUCAGACAACAGCAGCAGGUCAGACAACAGCAGCAGGUCAGACAACAGCAGGUCAGACAACAGCAGGUCAGACGACAGCAGCAGGUCAGACGACAGCAGCAGGUCAAACAACAGCAGCAGGCUAGACAACAGCAGGUCAGACGACAGCAGCAGGUCAGACAACAGCAGCAGGUCAGACGACAGCAGCAGGUCAGACAACAGCAGCAGGUCAGACGACAGCAGCAGGUCAGACAACAGCAGCAGGUCAGACAACAGCAGCAGGUCAGACAACAGCAGCAGGUCAAACAACAGCAGGUCAAACAACAGCAGCAGGCUAGACAACAGCAGGUCAGACGACAGCAGCAGGUCAGACGACAGCAGCAGGUCAGACGACAGCAGCAGGUCAGACAACAGCAGCAGGUCAGACGACAGCAGCAGGUCAGACAACAGCAGGUCAAACAACAGCAGCAGGCUAGACAACAGCAGGUCAGACAACAGCAGCAGGUCAGACAACAGCAGCAGGUCAGACAACAGCAGGUCAGACGACAGCAGCAGGUCAGACGACAGCAGCAGGUCAAACAACAGCAGCAGGCUAGACAGCAGCAGGUCAGACGACAGCAGCAGGUCAGACAACAGCAGCAGGUCAGACAACAGCAGCAGGUCAGACAACAGCAGCAGGUCAGACAACAGCAAGUCAGACGACAGCAGCAGGUCAGACAACAGCAGCAGGUCAGACAACAGCAGCAGGUCAGACAACAGCAGCAGGUCAGACAACAGCAGGUCAGACAACAGCAGCAGGUCAGACGACAGCAGCAGGUCAAACAACAGCAGCAGGCUAGACAACAGCAAGUCAGACGACAGCAGCAGGUCAGACAACAGCAGCAGGUCAGACGACAGCAGCAGGUCAGACAACAGCAGCAGGUCAGACAACAGCAGCAGGUCAGACAACAGCAGC